AUGGUGGAUACCAUCUAUUCGGCCGUGGAAGCCCUGGGAUGUACGAACAUACCAAUUGCUUUUACUGGAAGUGGAUGGCCGUCUUAUGGAACUGGAGAUAAUGCUUAUGUUGCUAACAUGGAAAAUGCCCAGAUGUACAACAAUAAUCUAAUCAAACGUGUUUUGUCUAACAUAGGGACGCCCAAGAGACCUGGAAAAAGCAUGGAGGUUUUCAUCAUUGCUCUUUUAAAAGAGAAGAUGAAAGGAGGGGAUGAGACGGAGCGUCACUUCGGCCUCUUCUACCCGAAUAAAACGCUUGUGUACCCUGUAAACUUCUAUCAUUAA